CACUCUCGCUCUCUGGCUCUUUUGCUCCGACGCUUACACUUGCUCAUCCUCCGAUCGGCAUUUGGAAGAAAAUCAAUCAGAUCAGGCCAUGACAGCAACGAGGACACGGAGCAGCUGCAAUGUCUGCCGAUCCCCCGGACAUGGAGAUGCGCAGGGACAGCACAGAUCCUCGUCAGCCAUCAACCCUUUCUAUUCUAGGCUGCUUCAUGGAUGCCGAUGCAAGAUCUAGGAAUUGAUGCAUUCAAUAAAUCCCAAAUUACCGACACCGCCCAUCCGCAUUCUCAGUCAUGACUGUCGCCAGCUGUCAGGCUAACGGCCUCGGCCGCUUGCCAAUAGUUCCCCACAGCCCAAACGCGGCCUUCAAUCUUUUUUCCUUCUGCAGCAACUUCAGCUGAACGUCGCGUGCUCGUCUGCUGUAUUUACUUCCACCAGCAUUCGCUCCAAUGUGGCCACUCUCGCCGGGAGGGCAGAAACGCCCGCCAUGGCUAUUACGGCUGCGCUCCUCUGCAGGUUUUAUCGUUGCGACGGUCUGGAUCUCGUUUUUCACGGACUAUUUUCUCUAUGCCAUGAUCGUCCCCGUCAUGCCGACUGCGCUGGUCGACCGGGCAGGUGUGCCGUAUGAAGAGCGGGAAUACUGGGUUAGUGUGCUGCUCGUGUGCGAAGCCGCAGUCGCCUUCGUCUGCUGUCCCACCUUUGGCUACGUGGUCGACGUCACUCCCACCCGCCAACUUCCCUACCUAUUGGGUCUAAUCCUGUUGGGUGCCUCCAUGGUGAUCCUUUCCGUCGCACAUACUGUGAGCCUAUUUGUACUCGCGCGGCUGAUCCAAGGUGGCGCGACUGCCAUGGUCUCGGUGGCCGGUCUGUCCCUGCUGACCGACACCGUUUCAUUCGACAACCUCGGCCAAACCAUCGGGUAUCUGGGGUCAGCCAUUACUCUGGGAUUUCUUCUGGGUCCGCUGUUGGGAGGCAUGGUAUAUCAAAUAGCGGGUUAUCAGGCGGUCUUCGGGAUGGCCUUCGCCAUCGUGGCAAUCGAUGUGAUCAUGCGGAUUGCGGUGAUAGAGAAAAAGGUCGCGUGUCGUUGGACGGCCGAAGGGUCCGAAGCAGUCAAUGAAUCCGCGCCCCAUUUGCCCGCCAAUCGUGGCUAUGACACCUUUGCAGACCCGGAAUCCUCGUCGGACGCAACUCUCUCCGGGUCGCAAAAGCCAGCGCUUUUGCUCAUUGCGCGACAACCCCGGGUCAUGAUCUCGUCGUGGGCUCUUCUCGUCCAGGGCAUGCUAUAUUCGGCAUUUGAUUCAACCAUCCCCGUCUUUGUUGAAUCGCGGUUCCACUGGGGACCCUUCGGAGCCGGCAUGGCUUUCCUUCCCUCCGCCGUCACCGCUCUCUUCGAGCCUUAUUUCGGUACCCUCUCGGACCGCUAUGGCGCGCGUCUGAUUACUUUCCUGAGCUUUAUCCUCCUGGCUCCGCCGCUCAUUUGUCUGCGGUUUGUGGAGCAGAACACCACAGCCCACGUCGUGCUGCUACUGGUCCUCCUCGGCCUGAUCGGACUCCUGAUCAACGUGAGCAUUCCAGCUCUGUUUGUCGAAACACAGCAAGUUCUCGAUGACAUGGAGCGUACUCGACCAGGAGUCUUCGGCGAGAAGGGAGCCGUGGCGCAGGCGUUUGGCAUCCAGACGAUGGCCCAGUUUCUAGGAUUGACCCUAGGUCCGCUAUGGGGCGGGUUUUCGGAGUAUCAGUAUGGAUGGAAGAUCACGUCCUUAACAUUAGGGUUACUAGCAGGCGUGACAGCGAUCCCAAUGCUGUGGCUCAGUAAUGGACAGAAGGCGGAUGUGGAAGAUGAAGAGAGGGAGCGUCUCCUGGAACAUGAGAGUCGUUCGGAGAUCCCCCGUCAGUGAGAUCAAAUGCUACUUGCUACUUUGUAACAGAAUAUUAGAAGCACUAUCCAGACUCGAAUAAAUACGAAUGUCCGAUUCUUCCAGUUGACAAGCAUGUGACUCGGGCAGUCCGCGGACUCCGAGUCAACCUCGUUUAAGAAAUCCAAACAUGGAUUUCCA